AUGGCCGACCAACAGCUCGAUAUCGACGACAUCUUCGCUCUGUCACGUCCGGCAGGCGAGAAUCAGCAGAAGAUCGCUCUCAAAAAUCGAAUGAUCGUGUUGCGCAACCACAUGUCCGACGUUGUCACGUCCGCCCCCACGGUAAACGGCGAUAGUAACGUUGUGGAGCAGGAGCAGUGGUGCAGACGGUGGAAUGAUGCUUUGGGGGCUCUCCAAAACGGAAUAACCAAUGCGCGGGAGGCGGGUGUGGAUGUCGAGUUCACUAUCGCCGAGAAGGAAGCCGGUCAGCACGGUCGACAGCUGUUCAGGACUUUCCAAGAGCGAAUCAAGGCGACGACGGACGCUGCCGCCGCCCAAGCGCAGCAGGCCCCACAUGCGAACAAGACUCAACCGGCGGCGCAGGGCAAGGGCAAGGCAAAGGCAAAGCAGGAUCAGACGAUGACCGGCAACACGGAUGAGCCGGCGGAAACGUCGCAGCACGGAGCCGGUCAGUCAGGGCAGGAGAAGCAGGGGAAAACUGUGACGGCGGAGGAAGAUGCGGAGGAAGAGACGGAGAACGCCGCGCGGGAAUUGACGCGACUUCGGCGUGGAAAGAGACCCAAUCCACCUGUAGACGACGACUCCGAAGUCGAGAUUGCCGGAGAGACUCGCCAUGUCUCGGAGCCGGUCACAAACAACCCGCAGACCCCGAGAAAGAGCACCAAUAUUCCGCACCUCAACAAGGUGCCAUGUCUGAAAUGCAAGAAAUCCAAGAGUGAUUGCAUCUUUGUCUUUGGCUACGCGUCGUGCGACGCCUGCCGGCACGCGAAGACCAAAGGCAGAGGCAGGCAGAUGACCCGCUCACCGUCUCCACCCCCACCCGCGUCCGUUCCCAAACCGAGGCCGACCGGUACCAUCAUCGUCAAGCCCAGCGGAUCUUCUCAGAAAGCGGGUCCGGCUCCCAAGGCUAAUGCUGAAGUCGCAUCAGUGACUCCUACCCGCGGGGUCACGCCAGUCGGAGCGCCCGCUUCCGAGGGUACAAGCAUGUCCGCCCAUGCGCCGAUCUUCACGCCGUCCGGGAAACGGACUAUUGCAGCUCCUUUGACCGCACAGCUCUCGCAUGACAACAUCAUUACUAACCGGAAACGGAAGGCCGCGGAUAUGCGGGAGCAGUCAACAGAGGCGGGGAGUGAUAAUGCGGACGAGAGCCUUUAUCUCGCCGGUAGGAUGGUCGGUCUUCAUAGCGUCCUCAACGUCAUACAGGCGACGUGCGAGAGCAUGAGAAAGGAAUUGAAUGACAUUGAGGGGCGCAUCUCGGACAAGCGCUCCCGCCGCCGCUAG